UUCUCCGGUCCUCCGCUGUCUACUCCGGUCCUCCGCUGUCUUCCGCAAGGCCUUACUGGGCCUGCGUAGUGAUGUCAUUACGCCGCUGAGUACGCCUUUCCUAUUGGAUGGUGUGCGCAGCAGCGUAUUGACGUCAUCGGAGAGGGCCGAGAAGACACUGGAAGACCAGCGCUGGACCCAGAGGGCACCCCGGAGCAUCGUGGAGGGGUAAGUAAUACUCACCGCACCACACGGGGAACAUUAAGCUUCUAUCCGGCAGCAGCUUAAGCAUUUGGUGCUGCCGUAUAGCACUUAAUGCAAUGGCCCCGACAUAAGAAAGCAUCGUAUGUCGAUUUGAUCAUAUGUUGGGGCCAUCGUAGGUCGGGGGGUCACUGUAUAUAUAGAUAGAUAGAUAGAUAAAGUCAUCAAUAUAUAGAAUCUAGGCUAAGGGAGCGUUCAGUCCUGUUUUCUGUUCAUUGUGCAACAGCGACAUCUACUGUCAGUUUACUGCAAUCACAUUACUAGAUAUCAGGUUCCCGCUAAUUCUGUUUCUUUUGCGGUCACCUCAUUAUUCUAUAAAUGAUUACAUUCUAAUAACAUCUACUGAUCAAUAAUCACAACGUUAACCCUUUAACCACGAGAGAUACAUGAGAUCUGAUCUCACUGCUGGUCUCAUAACUCAGUCCCGCUUCGCUUCCCGUUCGGCCUGGAUUUCUAUUGAUCUUUUCCACAUUGAAUCAGACUUUUUAUUACAUUUUUCCUUUUAUCGUUAUUUUAUGUAAAUAGUUAUUGUAUAUGAUCUUACUCUGCUGUAAAAUAUCGUCCAAUGAGAACUCUGACCGGAGUCUUAGCGAUUGUUUUAUAAACAAUUUAACCCCUCAGCAUUCAAGGGAUGUUUAGACCUAAUAAAGCGCUUAGUGUGAACAGCAAACGUCUCCUCUAUUAGUUGUUUUUUCUAGAAUAAAGCGGUUCUUAUUCUGCGUUAUACAUUGGGAUAUCUGAUCUUCUAUACCAGUGUGGAGAGAUCCCAGUGUCCGUCCUUCAUGAAGACUUCGGCCGGAGAACUUCUGGAAUGUAAUCUUAUCCAUCUAGAUUUGGAAUUAACGCUUGAUCGUGUGAAUAUAUCGCUAAUAACAGAGUAGCUCAGUAAUAGUCCGGUCCCUGACUUUGCUAUUACGGUGCAGAGCUGGAUUGUUGUAAUAAUCUGCUGGGUGUGACCAGGGGUCUAUGGGGGAUGAAGCUUCAGACAUAGAGCUGAUGUGAUGAGCGGCUUUUUCUUCCACAGAGAUGACUGCGGUUUCGUUACAUUGUAGAGACUUGCGGUACCUGCUGUGCCCCGAGCACAGAUUAUUAGGUCCCGUCCAUCCCUAUAGGACUCGUUUCCUUGUAGAAUCUUGGCGGCCCCGAUAAUCACUGAGAUACACAGAUGUCCCUGUCAGUGAUGUCCCCGUCAGUGGUCCCAGCCAUUGGACACCGCAGUCUCCUUACAGCUGUGAAUUAAUGUCUUUGACUGAUAUAAUGAAAAUAAAACAAGGAACAGAAAAUGUGGACACUAAAGAGUUAAUGUACGGAUCUAUAGCUCUGAUACUUAGUACCGAUCGGAUGAUAACGGAGCUUUGGGGAUUUUUUCUUUUCUCCUCCUCAUCCAUGUAAUAACAGGAGCCCCCUCAUUGGUGCUUAUUCCCGGUGACUGUAUACGGAGAGUGCCGGCAUCCGCAGCCUGAGAAGGAGCCGCCUGUAUAUGAGAUCACAUAACACGGGACAAUUGUCUUCUCUCCCAGAGCGGAGAAUUACAGGGUGAGCGGGAAAUUCAAAAUCAACUAAGCUUUUGUGUUCAGCCAAUCAAAAGAGAAGGGGAGGGGCCGGGAAUGUAAAUUAUUAAAGGAAACGCCCAUGAUGACGUCAUCUUGUUUGAGUUCUCCGUCUGGUCCGCCAUGUGCUAUAUAAACCAGGACUCCGCUCCUCAGACAUAAUUCAUUCUAUUCUCAAUCAGCAGGAUGUCGGGACGCGGUAAAGGAGGGAAAGGUCUCGGUAAGGGCGGAGCCAAGCGGCACAGGAAGGUGCUCCGGGAUAACAUCCAGGGCAUCACCAAGCCUGCCAUCCGCCGUCUAGCUCGCAGGGGAGGUGUGAAGCGCAUCUCCGGCCUCAUCUAUGAAGAGACUCGCGGUGUCCUGAAAGUCUUCCUGGAGAACGUCAUCCGUGACGCCGUCACCUACACCGAGCACGCCAAGAGGAAGACCGUCACCGCUAUGGACGUGGUGUACGCCCUCAAGCGCCAGGGCCGCACUCUCUACGGCUUUGGAGGUUAAUUCUAAUCCUGAA